AUGGAUGAAACCAUGACCGCUCUCCUCAACAACAUGGGCAACACACUUGCUCUACUCAUGCGCCAACUCGAAACUGCGGAAGCGCUGCCGGGACGUCGAAGCGCGCUCAAGCCGCAGAAGCCCGAGCCGUUCGACCCAAGCCAGGAGUUGACGCUGGGUCGCAUUGAUGCGAGGCUGGGACCGCUGGAGGGGGUGGUGGUCGACUCGAUGGAAGGCGCUCAGAAGAAGCUGACCGACAAGGUUUCGCGGAAGAUCGACAACAUGUUGACUGCAGUCUCCGCCACAGCAGAGCGGGCCAUCACCACCAGCGGGGUCACCAACGCCUUGCACACGCUCAUCACUCUUGUUUCCGGUAGUCCGCUGCCGCGCACGGACCCGGGAGAAAUGCACGCGAUGGAUACAGCCAAACCCGGAGAUACGGAGAAUGGGAAGCGGGUCGCGGGGGCAAAGGCGGAUAAUCAAUGGGGGGUGAAGAGGCAGAAAGGACCUCAGACCGCGACCGCUGUGGACACGCCGAGUGUGCAGGAUAUGCUGAAGCAGAAGUGGGGAGCUCGUGGGCGGGGUGCAGGGCAGCCUGCUCCACCGGGUUCUUGCUCGCGCUAUAUCCCCGCAGAAGAUGCAGCGACGAAACCACCAGCCCGUGCACAGGCACACGCGAUGGUGACCGCGGGAAAGGGCAAAGGGAAGCAGGAGGAGGAGCCGGCCACAACAGAUAAGGGCAAAGGGAAGCAUGAGGUUCAGCACGCGGCGGCGGAUGCCAAGCAAUCCGCGAUCGCACCCGCACCUGCGGCGGCAACGAUAGGAUAG